AUGAUGCAGGGACCUGGGUUCAUGGCCGGGACGGAACGGUCAUUUCCAUUGGCAGACGGUGACUAUCCUUUUAGCUCGGGACCACAUUCUCCUGCAAUAUCUGACGUGGAUGGUGGUACGGUCACGCCAACAGGACCACCUCGAAGCUUCAUCCCUUUGUUGUCUCACCGACUGUCGGCCAUUCAAGCUGACGGAAACCGGGAUCGUGAGGUGGUCGAUGCUUCUGUUUCGUGCGAGCAGGGCUUGGACAGAGGUUCCAAGCACGAGUUUUCGCCGUGCCACUCAGAGUCAUUCUUAUUACAAGAAACGAGUCCCUUUACCCCUCCCACGCUUUCAGACUCUAGCGAUGCCGGCUGGCUCGACCUGCGACAUACCCACUCAUAUGGUGGUUGCUCUGAUGUGGAUGUGGGGUUCGGUCUUCUUGGAUUGGAUUCCCAGGCUCCAGGAGUGCUCGAGCUUCUGAGUAAGGAGGGACACUCGACGUCCGCCCCUGUGUGUCAUUGGGGGUGGAGUGGUGAUUCGGCGGAUGCCACGGGGACGAACGAGGUACACGCGCCGGGUAACAGUUGGCGGUCUGUUGCGGACAACGGUUCGGAAGGCUCCAAGUCCACGCUGUUGACGGCGCAAAGACCCUGUGUUGGGGUGGAUGGCACUCACGUUACAGGAGGACAGUCUGAAGGAACGCGACUUCCCGAAACAACACUAGGCUGGGUGGCAGAACGCGGCGAACGGUGUGGGGCAGCAGGCAAUUCGCUGCAUCAGAUUAUGAGCGCUCGCCUUCUAUCUGGAGGACACGACACAUCUCAGAACUCGCUGGCUGGAGAGCACUCAGUCGGAUCCAACAAGAACGAGCCAAUGGAUAUCUGUGGCUCGGUGUUGACUGCCAGCACACAACCGUGCUCUACCCGGUCAAGUCCACAGGACUGGAGCCCUGUGAUACAAAUGAAGUGCUCCACAUCGACCAAGGAGAUUACUGUAGACAUGCAGUCCGGGAGUUCAUGGAAAUGGGGGGUGGUGCAAGUCGAUGCGAGUCAGGGAAAACUACUCCAGGAGGGCGCGCAGUGCACCCAGCAGUUAGCGCAAGGUUUGCGUCAAAACACCGAAAACUGUUACAGGUACGCCUGGCAGACACAAGAACAAGUUGUCGCUUCAGGCGAAACGAAUUUGCAAAGACCAGCAACGGCACAUCACCACGUUACCAGACACGUUUCGUGUGGGCGACGUGAUGAGCAGAGGAGUAGACACGGACAGUGUGGGGAAGAUGGGGUGCAAGCGAGAAGCAAUCCAAUUUCGCGUUUCGUGGUGGCUCAAGGAAACAGGAGUGCAGUUGGUGGUUGCGGGAGAGAUGUCAUGCCGCAAUGCGUCAGGUAUGAGAGAGAAACUUACGAGCCGAGCCGCAGCUUACGGCCAUCCAAGUCAGCCUUCCCGGAGGUAUGUAUUAGCCCAUCAUCUCUAACCCGAUCCACAACAGCAACGUCGAUGACGGGACCUCCGCCUGAGAAGAUUGACACUUCGUCCAUGAUAUCCUCCCUACCGUGGUCUGAAACUGAUUCCGAACACACCCGGGGCAUGCUCGCAGGCAGCCGCGAAGCUCCGUCAGAUCGCAUCCUUCGUGGGGUAUGUGCAUCCAAACUAGGCGACAGAGUGGUGCAGGCUUUGCCAAGUGGAGCGAUUGCAGGAGCGGGGUACCAGGCUGUCGAUCCCAUGUGGCCCUCUGCACUCUCUGGCGCAUCACAAUCUCGUCGAGUCCAGAGAGGGACUGGCCAGUUUUGGAAUAGAGCCCAGGGGUCAAUGUGGAACUCAGGCGGCAGGUGGGACGUGAGAGAACCACCACAUGCUUUUGGGCAGUUUGACGUAAAUACGUCGACACUGAUCCCGCCGCGGACAGUCACUGGAGUCGACCAGCAGAGGGAGGAUGUCUUAUGGCCACGACAGUGCGCUGAGCGAGCACUAUCACUUCCUUCCACAUUUCAGUGCUCGAAUUUCGUAGGGCCACGAAUGACGGGUGCCGCCGCCGACGUUAUGGAGACAGCUGAGGACACGCAAAGGUUGGGACAGCAGAUUUCCCGCCCCGUUGAGCUGGAUCGUUUACAAAAGAAGCCUCCCCAUCCAACUUCGUUUCCUGGAUGCCCUGGUCCUGGAUCGUUCAUGGGCCACACCCCGUACACAGGACGUUCUGGUGAGGCGUAUGCGUACAUUCCAACACGUGAAGUAGCAACAGGUCACGUUGCACAGAUGUCCUACAACACAGGAAAUGGGACAUUCGGUCUCCAACACGGGGAAACACCGGUGGAGAGAGUAGAAGUUAACAGUUCGACUGUAAGCAGCCCUGCAUGCUUGAGCUGUUCCAGCGAGACAUCACUCGGUCAAUCCUCGGCACGAGAUUACCUUUCUGUUUGCACCGCGUCAUCAGCCUCCGAAAGCGUUGUUGGAAAUAACAAUUUCACCAUAAGGGGUGGGCAACAAUUCUUGGGUCGUACAGAUGAGGUGGCUGAAGCAACUUUAAAGCAUGGGUUUGAGUCGAAUGGUUUUGGCACUCGAUGCGCAACCGACAACAUUAUUACUCUUUCGAGCAGCAAGAGAACCAGAUUGGAUUCGGAAGGGAUUACUUAUUUGGACGAAGCUAACUUCGUCAAGAAAACCCGCAGGACUGCAGGUGAUGGAAAGGAGAUACAGGAUAACAAACCUGCGAGUCUCGAUCCCAGGACGACGGGAUCUGUUUUUCCCGAAUUGGAAUCAGGUGAUUGGCACGCGCUAGCGCCUGAUGUUGGUGACUGCUGCGGAGAGGGGUCGGAACGGUGCGAGGAUGAUGCAGGCGGUCAAGGUGACGAGGACAGCAACUUGCAGUGGCACGAAGGCUUUACCCUUCCGCUUGGCAAAGAUGGUCGUGGGGAAUUGAUCAAGAGAAUGAGGAGUGUCCACAAAGCGGACCGAGAAUUCUGUCGCUUCAGUCUCGAGGGCAUGGGUAUCGAUUUCAAGCGACUGGCGCACGCAACUGUUGAGGAGCUGUGGAAAAUUGCAUACCGUUGGGGACUCUUUGGUUACGCGGUCAAAUUGUCCAAGAAGUACGGGAAGACAACGACCAGUCAGUCACGGAAGAAGACUCUCCAAAACUCACCAGGGCCUAAUUUUCAGGAGGUAUCUCCCGCAUGCGAGCGCAGCAGGUGA